AUGUUUAAUCUGACUGGGGCCACGGUGCGAACCCUGAACACCGUCGUGGUGAAGCGAGAGCCUGUUCAGUGUUCACUGAAGGAGUUGUGUGCAUUUCCUUCUCCGGUGUGUUUGUCCUCUCUGGGACUAAAAGGAGAACGUUUGGUGUUACUGGGCCGCUCCCAGUACAGUUUGUGUUUGAGUCUAACCGAAGGUGCUGCUGUGUCCCGCAGGCUGCAGCUGAUCGACGACUUGUCCUACGAAGACGUGAAGAAGUGUUACAGAGGAUCGACUGUCAGCAAAUACAACUCUCAGUACCACAAACUGUUCCAGGCGGUUCCUAAAGAAGAAGUCCUGAUGAAAGCGUAUUCCUGCGCUCUGCUCAGAGACAUCCUGCUGCAGGGGCGGCUCUACAUCUCCAGGAACUGGCUGUGUUUCUACGCCAACCUGUUCGGCAAAGACAUCAAGGUGUGCAUCCCGGUGGUGUCGGUCCGGCUGGUGAAGAAGCACAAGACUGCGGGUCUGGUGCCGAACGGCCUCGCCAUCACCAUGGAUACAGGACAGAAGGAGGAGCCUCCGGGUUCACUGCACUUCUUCACAGGUGUGUCAGCUGUUUGUUACCUGUCUGUCUCUCUCAGGGUCUUCCUGCUGGUCCUGUCGUCCUGCUAUCUGGCCUUCAGGGUUUGUCGUCUGGAGCAGCAGCUCAGCUUCCUGAGCAGCCAGCCGACGCUGAGAGAGAGGUGUGGAGAAGUGCCCUGCUGGCUGGCCAAUCAGAAGACAGGAACCUGAUCCUGCAGUCCGUCAGCGUGUGAGGAGAAAGUCUGCUUUUUGUAGAGUUAGCUGUUGGUGGUGGAGGAGAAGGCUCUCAGGAGGAGGGAGGAGCUUCAGCGGCUAACAUCUGACCCCUGCCAGCACCCGGUUAACAUAGAGAUGUAGUCAACACACGCAGCAGACUAACCUUUGACCUCUGGGACAGAAAUGUCGGCGUGUGCAUUGCUGGGUCAGUCAAAGGUCCCGAGAACUGAAAAUGUGUAGUAGGAUACACAGAAGUGUUCGACUGUUUUCCAUCACCAUCACGGAGGCGUCUGACUGGCCCACACAUCCAGCCUCGCCGUCAGCUGCUAGAAGCUGGAGAAAAGCCCAGAUCCACGAUCGAGCUCAGACCUCAUCACAGCACUCAGCCAUAAACUGUAGAUAAAAGACGGACACAGUUACUGUAAUGUUUCCCGCCUCCAUGUUGGAGUUUUUAAAGCAGAGAUGCGCCCCCCUAAAUCCCUCCCCCCUCCCCGUGCCCCCUGACUCUGAACGUUGUGUUAACUUAAACCUGAAAUCAGUGACUGAUGCUUGUGUUUCCUGGAGCCGACUGCCCCCUGCUGGUCAUUAGAAAGAAUGCAGGUCACAGGAUCUGCUGUCUUUUAUGUACAGUCUGUUGGCUCGUCCCAUAGCUCAUGUGACCUGGGAAGACGUCGGGAUCCCGAGCUGAAGAAGGAGAGCUCAGGGGUGGACGAACAGCUUACAGAGGCGCGCAAACACCUGAGUCGACCCGUCAGGUGACACACGAUGAGUAGUUACACAUGUUAGGAAGGUUUCCUGCCAUUAAUCAUCUCCUCAGUGUUACUCAGCAUAGAAGCUCAGGAUUAAUAAACUCUCACAUCACUGCAGCAUUAAUGACAAAAGGUGUUCCUCAUUAUUUUCUAAUAUGCACACAAACAGUAUCUGACGCCUGGAGAACCUCGCUGCUCACCUUUGCAUUCAGGACUGCAGCGACUGCACCAUGAUGACAUCACCAUGAUGACAUCACCAUGAUGACAUCACGCUGGAUUACUGUGUUACAUUAGGGCUGUAGCAUCAAGAUUUGAAUGUUUUUCUUAUCAUGCAGAGAACCCGAAUCCAUCUUUGUUUAAUAAUAUUCGAUCAGGCUGAUUUGUUGUAUGAUGAAUGUGCACAAAGAACAGCCGCCAGAGGUGGACGUCUUUUUAAUAAAUCAUGUAAACAAGCUGAAUUUACUAUUAAAGCUGAUGUUUUCAAA